AUGCUCUCGCGCUUGACUGCGUCCCCUUGCCUGUUCCGAUCAGCCACUGCACACUCUCGCACAAUGGCCGUCUCUGCUCCUCCCGUCGUCGGCCGCAACUUCCGCCUCGCCAUGAUCCAGCUGGCCGCCGCAGGAGACGGGACAGACAAGGCGGCGAACCUGGCACAUGCGAAGGAGAUGAUUGCACAGGCUGUCAAGGGUGGAAAGGAAGGCAAGAAGCCGGACGUCGUCGUUCUUCCCGAGAUCUUCAACUCGCCUUAUGCUACUGGCGUCUUCAGGAAAUACGCAGAGCGAAUCGGCUGGUCACCCGAGACGAAGGACAGCUACGACGUCGCCAAGUCGGAGAGCGAGAGUGUCAAGUUGCUGAGCGAGGCGGCGAAGGAGCACGGCAUCUGGCUCAUCGGAGGGUCUAUCCCGGAACUCUCGCCUGACGACAAGGUGUACAACUCGUCGCCAACGUUUUCUCCAGACGGCAAGCUCGUCGCUGUCCACCGCAAGGUCCACCUGUUCGAUAUUGACAUUCCUGGCGGCAUCACAUUCAAGGAGAGCGAGACGUUGACUGGUGGAGACUGGCAGACGCUCAUCGAGACCGACUUCGGCAAAAUCGGUGUCGGCAUCUGCUACGACGUCCGCUUCCCCGAACUCGCCAUGACUGCCGCACGAAAAGGCGCAAUCGCCAUGAUCUACCCCUCCGCCUUCAACCUGACCACCGGCCCUCUGCAUUGGGAGCUCCUUCAGCGAGCCCGGGCGGUUGACAACCAGAUCUACGUCGCGAUGUGCUCGCCUGCACGGGCAACGGAGGGAGACGGCUACAAGGCUUGGGGACACUCGGGCGUGUACGAUCCGAUGGGCAAGUGCGUUGACAAGCUCGAGGAGAAGGAGGGUAUUCUGUUCGCCGACAUCGACAUGGACGCCAUCAAUAAGGCUCGCAGAGGCAUCCCCGUGACCGUCCAAAGACGGUUCGAUAUCUAUGCCGACGUCUCCCAGGUCAGCCCUCUCCCUCGUAGAAGCAGUCUUUCUUGA